GUAUGUGGUAAAAGACUAACGCUAUGAAGAACCAUGGAGGAGGCAUCAGAUGAUGCCCUUAUGGUUUGUGCUGGCUGUUUAAAUGUUAUUGAUGAUGAUGAGUAUAUUCAGGCGUUAAACAGCGAUUGGCAUAACGAUUGCUUCAGGUGCUCUGUCUGUGAUAUUCCUCUCAGUAACUGGUAUUUUGAAAAGGAUGGAUUGUUGUUUUGCAAAAAUGAUUACUGGGCUAAAUAUGGAGAAGCUUGUCAGAACUGUGGAGAAAUUAUCACAGGGCCUGUUAUGGUUGCUGGUGAUCACAAGUUUCACCCUGAAUGCUUUAAAUGCACUAGCUGCGGUAGUUUCAUUGGAGAUGGGGAAUCAUAUGCCCUGGUGGAGAGAUCCAAACUGUAUUGUGGGUCAUGUUACAAAAGACACAUGCAGCCACUCUCAGGACGAUCUCCUUUUGGAAAACAGCCUCAUAGCAUUCAGCUGGUGGAAAUUCCAGCAACACCAGGAGGUAGUGAGAGACGAAUUAAACUUUCCUUGGAUCGACCAAAGACAUUGAGCAUGAAUGAUGCCAUUCUGCUUGGAGUGCAUAUAGCAGAUCUGGACAUGAAUCCAGAUUUGAUGUCUCUUCAUAUUGGAGAUAGAAUUCUUGAAGUAAAUGGGACUCCAAUCAAAGAGCACUCCAUAACACAGGUUGAAGAUCUCAUCUGCUCAAAUAACAAAGUGUUACAGUUAACUAUUGAGCAUGACCCAACUACACUUCCGAGGAGAAGCUCUCUUCCAUAUACUCGGCCACACAUAUCUGUGGAUCGAGAGCGUAUCUACAGGAAAAGAGAAGAAGGUGGAGGAGGUCGUUCAAGGCAGUUAAGAAAGGGAAGGGGAAGCAUGGAAAGAUCAUCCUCUUUACCAAGGCUACAGGCCAAUGAUCCCCCUUCUACCAGUAAACAUCCUUAUGACUUAGGCAGGACCAAGUCUUUCCGUGUAGAGCCCAAAAGUCAUCGCAUUUUUCGUGCCUCAGACCUAGUCCAAGGAAAGUUACUGGGAAAAGGGUUUUUUGGACAAGUGUUUCUGGUAACUCACAGAGAGACAGGGGAGGUCAUGGUGCUCAAAGAGUUAUACAGGGUGGACGAAGAAGCACAAAAGAACUUCCUCAAGGAAGUAGCAGUCUUGCGAUCUCUGAAUCAUGAAAAUGUUCUUCAAUUCAUUGGUGUUCUUUACAAGGAUAAGAAACUACAUCUAGUGACAGAGUAUAUAAGUGGAGGUACACUGAAAGAGCUCAUUCAUGACCAGAACGAACCUUUACCAUGGGAACAGAGGAUUAACUUUGCCAAAGAUAUUGCAUCUGGCAUGUCAUACCUUCAUUCCAUGAACAUUAUUCACAGAGAUCUGAACUCUCAUAAUUGUUUGGUCAAAGAGGAUAGGACUGUAGUGGUAGCAGAUUUUGGCUUAGCAAGGAUCAUCUCGGACCACCACCACUCUUAUUCCUCCAGAAAAUAUGGGAAACGAAACUCAUCAAAAAAGUAUGAGCGAAAGAAACGCUAUACAGUAGUUGGGAAUCCCUACUGGAUGGCACCAGAAAUGAUGAAAGGAAAGAAAUAUGAUGAAAAAGUUGACAUUUUUUCCUUUGGAAUUGUUCUGUGUGAAAUUAUUGGUAGAGUUCAAGCUGAUCCUGACUUUUUACCACGAAGUUCAGACUUUGGUCUAAACACUACAAUCUUCAGGGAAAAAUUUUGUUCAAAGUGUCCUGAACCAUUUUACCUUGUAGCCUUUCAUUGCUGUGAUCUAGAUCCUGAAAAAAGGCCACCAUUUGAAAUUAUGGAAACGUGGCUUCAGAGUAUGGCUAUGCAUUUUACUGUUGGAUCUUCACUUCCAAAUGAGUUUGUAAAUGAGAUAAGAAACUUUAGUGGCCGAUCACCUGCUUCAUCCUCUGCAGACUCCACUCCUGAAGCCCUCACACCAGAACCAAGGUAUCCACCACUUCGGACAAUCAGUGAGCAGUGCCUGGACACCCCUCCUCAAUCUCCAGGAAUUGUUGGAAGUCUUUCUUAUCCAACGUCUCCUGCACAGUGAAAGUUCAUUCUCAACAAUAACAUUCAUAUGUUAAUAUGAGAAUUGAGAACAAUCAGUAUUGUGUCUGAGCCAUUGUGCUGUUUCAUCACCUGAAGGAAGUAGAGCAAGGCAGUGCACUAUAAAUGAUAAUAUAUAUCAUUUUCAGCUAUGCCAAGAUAAUCAAGCAUUUAAUAGAAGUAUUGUAUUUGAAAAUUAGAUUGAGAGUUAUUGUUAAGUUCAGGGUUGUUUUAUUAUAAAAACAGGAAAUCUUGUUGAAAAGUAACAAUAAUAUAAUUUUGGUUGCUUUUAUGAAUUGAUAAAGCCAGAAUUAUGUAUGGAGGACAAGAUAUUCUGUUAGAUGUUGAAGCUGUGAACAGUUGUAACUUGAAAAUGCUUGUUGUUAAGUUUUCAAGUGCAGGAAGAGGUUCAUUUUGUUUUCAUUCAAAGAAUAGUCUUAGUUUUGCUAUUGAAGGGUAGGAGGACCUUAUGGGAUUAUAUUGUAGAAGAUAAAAUUUACAUUAGAUAUUGAAGAUGAACAAAAAGUUUCAGAGUGAGGUGCCUAUUCAAAAUAAGCUUAAAAUGUUUUGUUAGUUGAUCUCUGGAAGAUCAGACAUUUUGAGUAUAAGGCUGUUGCAUUGAACAACUGAAGAAUCUAUAAGAGUUUAUUUUGGGGAAAUAAGAAUGUUAGAUAUUUAAGACUAUUGAAGAUUUUGAUUACCUGUUUAGAGGAUUCAUGUAUUUUGAAGUUUAAGGUGACCCUUAGAAGAUAACAUGCUUGUGAAUAAAGUAGUUGUGUUAGUUAAUAAUAUGUGUUAAAUAUGUUUUGAAAGCUCUGAUAGUGUGAGUGGGAUGAUGAAUCAAGAACAGUUUUUUUAAAUUGAACUAAUGUUCUGAUAAACCUUGUUGUUUGUGAAUUUAUAAUUCAACCAUACAGUUUACUAAAGAAAAACCUUCAAACUGAGCUGUUUUUUAUAAUGAAAUGAAAAAGUGCAGUAUACUGUAUUCUAGACUUUAACAAGGGCUACGCCAUGGUUUUCUAUUUGUGCUUAUCACAACUUGGUUGUAUAUUGAUUUAAGAGUGUUUCUAAUAUUGAUUCUCUAAUGUCACUAGUAAGGUGUGUUGAAAAAAAGCUUUCCAAUUUAUACAUAAAGACUUGUGUCAAGGAAGUUAAAUAGGGAGUUUUAAAAUUGGUUAGUUUAGCUUUGAGGCUCAAAUGAGGUCUGUACUCGUACCAUACUUUAUUUCAAAAUAUGCUCAUUCAUCUCUGGUGCUUUUGGUAAGUUACCAGUGAUAAAUUAGUUAAUUACUGUAUUUCAUGGACAGUGAAAUUUUGCUCAUUUAUUUCAGUAUCUAUUAUUUUGUAAUUUGGUGUUUAGACAUAAUAGAAGGUCAUAAUAAGAAAUGGGGUAAUAGGAAAUUGGUAGGGAUUUGACACAGUAAAGGAAAUAGAAAACCCAGUAAGCUAAGAGUAAGGUAUAGCUCUCUUUGUUUUUUACUUACUAUACAUUCUUCUAAAUUAACUGGAGUUAUUUGUUUGAUUAUUUUGACCAAAAUAUUGUUAGUGACUAACAUUACUGUUUAGGCAAGACAGGAUGCUUUAAAAAAGUUAAUCUACCCUAAUCAAUAAAGUUUUAUUGGUAGUAGCUUCAGUAACACAUAUAUAUAAAUUGACAAAAAUAACAAUAUAUUAACAUUUGUAGAGAACAUACAAAAUACAGCCAAGCAGGAUGCUUGAAGAAAUUAGAUCUGCUUAAAAAGUUUUAUAAAAAAUUGUUUUGGUAAUUUAUGAUUAAAAUAUGAAUUAUUAUGAAUCAAAAUUUUCUUUUUUUAUCAGAUAGUUAGUUAAGUUUAUAAAACCAAAUUGGAAAGUAUUCUGUAUUGUAUAUGAUUUGUUAUUUGGAAAUUGUUUGUAAUUUUGUUAAAGGAGAAAUUUUGCCUCACUUUGACCUAGUACUUAAAAAGUUGUUUUUGAUUUGUGUAUAACAUUCCAGUUUUUUACAGUGUACUAUGAUGAAAAUAUUAGGUAUCUCAUUGGUUUCAUUUUUUUUUUUUAAAUCAGGUCUUUCUUAAGUAUAUUUAUGAUUCACUGCAAUGAUGUAUUUCUUCAUCGUGUGAAAAAUAGUGUACUCAAAUUUUCUUUCACAGUUUUUAAACUAUUUUUGUGUGUGGCAAAAGCAGAUCAGUUACUUUUACUUGAAGAUCAAAGAGUGUAUGUUAAUAUGUGUAAUGAGGUUAGCAUUUGCAUCAGAAUGUAUUAGUGAUUUAAGUAUAUGUUUGGAGUUGUUUUUGUUUUUUUUUUUAUUUUCCUUGACAGUCAUCAGUCACAGACUGGUUUUGGCACACCAUUUAUAGGUAGUUUCUGUAACAGGCAAUGAUUAUUGACGGAUUUUUCUGGUGCUCUGAAGUAAGAGCAGAAAAUGAGUUGACCCUAACAUAAUAGAAAUGACAAUAAAAUGCCUUUAUUUUUACUCAUGUAUUCCCAAAAGGAAAAAUUUUAUAAUAGGUUGAUUAGUAUCAAUUUAUUUAGCAUGCAGUUCAUAUUUUUGGUAGAGUACUAUAAAGAACAUGAGAGACAUAACUUUCCAGAACUGAUAAUGAAACUAUGCAUUUCACUAUUGUUCUAGUAUUUAAUCCACAAUUGUAAGUCAUAACAGUAAUUUACAUAUUCAGUGUAAGUGAAAUGAAAUCUAAACUCAAUAUUUCAAUAAAAAGAAAAAGGUUUUGGUGAAAGAAAUAUAUUUUAACUUUGUUAAAGUUAGAAAUAUAUUAAUGAAUGUUUUAUUGGCACUGUUGUUGAAUUUUGAGGUAGGGAUGUGGUAAGAUAUAGUCAAAUUAUGUUAGGUUUUUUUUUUUACUUUUUUCUACUUCAGGUGUUUUUAUGAAGUAAUAGUAACAAACUGAAUAAAACUAGUGAUAUGUGUUAUACAUGAUUAAGAUAGAUCAAGUUUGUAUGACAAAUUUUUAUUAGAUGCUACUCAAGACAACUUUCUCAGACAGACUCUCUGUUUUUAUUUUCAGAUAUUUUCAAAACAGUAAGAAGUUAUUGUAUAUGUAUUACAUAGUAAUUUUCAGAACAUUGUUAACCAGAUUUUGUUUCAUGUUACUUUAAGCUUCAGUUGUAUUUCACACACCACAACUGAUUGCUAUGUGCAUAUAUUUCUCUUAAAAUUAACAUUAUGUGAAGUAGUUUUAUUUUUUCAGUACAAGGAAAGUAAUGUUAAUAUUUGUUUGUCUGUUGCUUCGUCAGUUAUUAAGAUAUACUUUCAUACUCACACAUCACUAGUAGUUUAUUCUGAUCAUGCAGUUCUUUAAUUAUCUGUAGAAUUAUAAAAGUUUUGAUUCCUGUGCUGUGCUUAAAAUAAAACUAACAUGUUACUGAUUCAGUAUGUUUGGAGCAGUAAUUAUCUUUAGAUAGAUCAAAAGAUUGCUUGUUUGUAAAAGAAAUAAAACUUGAAAAGUUAAUUUCACAUACUUCUGUUGUAUGUAGCUCGAUAUUUGAAAUAUGAACAUUCUUUAAAUGUUAUUGAAACUAUUUAGAUCUGUUUCAGGUGAGUUUAUGUAACUUUGUGAUAUUGAAACAAAGUGAUUCAUUAAAAGCAUUUUGUUGUAUAUGAUUCUUUA